AUGGCUGGCCCCCAUCUCCGGCAGCUCCUCCGCCGCUGCGUCUCCUCCUCAACACCGCGACAGCCCUUCUCCUCCUCUCUGAUCCGGCAACCUGCGUCGCUGUCACCACCAGGCCCACCCCGUCUCCCCUUCUCCGCCACCCGCACCAUCUUCGCGUCCGCGGCCGCCGACGAGGCCUCCGAACUGGCCCGCUCCAUCUCAUCUGCCCUCAUCAAGCAUGCUCAGGCAUCGUCGAUCACUCCCCACACCGACGUCCCGCAGUACCUCUCCCUCCAUUUCUCCGACGUCCGCUUCAAUACGGCCCUCCUCCAGCAGAUCCUGAACAUCUCCGCGCCCGCCGGCCGCACGGCCGUCGAUCUCUUCCGCUGGGCCGUCACUCGCCGGUCCUUCACCCCCUCCGACGAGAGCCUUUCUCACAUGAUCGCUUUCCUUGGCCGCCGCCGCGACUUCAAGUCCAUCCAGGAUCUCCUCAUCGACUUCCGCCGCUACGUGGGCCCGAAAACUCUCCGCGCCGCCUUCGAUCGCCUGAUCCGCGCCGGAAGGUCGACCCAGGCCGUUCACCUCUUCCAGAACCUGGAGAAGGACUACGGGAUUGGCCAUGAUCGGGAGCUCCUCCGUGCGCUGGUGUCGAUGCUCUCCGAGCACGGAUUUGGGGGGCACGCGGAGCGAAUUGUCAGGGACGUGGCCGACAAGAUCUUCCCUGAUGUGAAUAUCUGCCAUGAGCUCAUCCGUGCCUGGUGUGUCGAUGGGAAACUGGACCAGGCCCUACGGCUGAUGGGGGAGAUGAGUGGGGGGGGAUUCGAGUUGGGCACGCCAGCCUACAACUCUAUUCUCGACUGUAUCUGUCGCCUCUGCCGUAAGAAAGACCCCCUGAGAUUGCAGUCAGAGGCUGGCAAGGUCCUGACAGAGAUGGAGGCCAGAGGGGUGCCCCGCGACACUGGCACAUUUCAUGUUCUUAUUUCCAAUCUCUGCAAGAUACGCAAAACUGACGAUGCCAUGGAAAUGUUUCAUAAGAUGGAUCAGUGGGGAUGUUCUCCCAAUGCUGAAAUCUACCUCGCUCUGAUCAGAAGUUUCUACCAGGCGGCCCGGCUUUCUGAAGGUGAUGAGAUGGUUGAGAAGAUGCGGUCGGCAGGUUUUGGUGCCGCAUUGGAUACAAACGCGUACUAUGGAUUUAUCAAGGUUCUGUGUGGGAUCGAGAGGGUGGAUCAUGCAAUGAAGGUGUUUAGGAUGGCAAAGGGCUAUGGGUUUGUGCCAGGGGUCAAGACUUAUGGCCUGCUGAUUGAGAAGCUGUGGGCCCAUAACCAGGUCUGCAGGGCCAAUACUCUGCUUAAGGAGGCAGUUGCUCGUGGAGUGACACUCGCAGCACAAGCAUACAGCGUGGACCCCAGAUACGUGAAAAUGCCAAAAGAGAAGAAGAAGCCACGAAGACUGACUUUGCCAGAAAAGAUGGAGAGGAAGAGGAAGCGGUUGAGGAAGCUGAGGCUUAGUUUUGUUAAGAAACCAAAGGGUGUGCGGAGAGCAUAUUGA